AUGCCCUCACUAUCAAUUAUCGAGUCUAGAACAGUUGAUGGAUGCGACUAUCACGGAAACAGAUGCAAAAUUAUAGUUUUGAAAGACGAUAGACAAAAGAAGAUUUAUUAUAUUCACAGGGGAACUGCAACAACGAGUCAAUUUCUACUUCAACUUCUCAGCUUCUUGGCUCUCCCAAAAAAUUUUCAUGGAAAUUGGGGGAUAAACCCUUAUUAUGCACAUUUGAUCGAAAAACUUUGGGAUCGCAACAAAAUUUAUAAAGAAGCUCAUAACACGACUUAUAGAAAUGAAUUUACGCAUGUUUUCAUCGGACAUUCAAUGGGUGGUGUAUUAGCAUACUUAGCUGCUAUUCGUGCAGUUGAAUCUGGAAUUCCUCAUGAACGCGUUCAUCUGAUAACAUUUGGUCAGCCCCGAUCGACAACUAGAGGUUUUUCCAAACAUGUUGAUGAGAUGCUUUCGUACAGCUUCCGAAUAGUUACUGGAGCAGAUCCGUUUCCCAGAUUGCCUAAGUGCAUUGGAUUCCCAUUUCUCGGUUGCGCAAAGGACAUUGACUUUGGUUAUUAUCAUCACGGCAAUAUGAUUUGGCUGCCAGAAAAAGGUUCAAAAACAGCAAAAGUAUGCGAUGGUUAUCCAAAUAAUGAAGACCGCAGUUGUAGGAGGCCAAACAUUGAUGUAGAUGAUCAUGUAAUGUUUUAUGGUUUGCAAAUCAACCGUUUUGCCGAUUCUUGUGAUCUCUCGUCUUAUAAGAAGAAUUGUCAAUCUUAA